AUGGCCACUUCUUUUGAUUCUGCUACUUUUGCUUCUUCUGUAACUAGAGAAGAAGAUGGAAAAGAAGGAAGUGAAGCCAUGGCUCUCUUGAUGUGGAAAGCUAGACUCGAUAACGGAAGUACACUUUUCAAUCUUGACUUCUCAUCCUUCCCUCAACUCCUCAGUCCUGACCUUUUUAACAACUCACUUUACGGGACCAUCCCCUCCCACAUUGGUAGCCUUUCGAGACUCAUCUUCCUUAGCUUGUCCAUCAACCAUCUCACUGGUUCAAUCCCUGCUUCUAUAGCGAAUUUGAGCAACUUAAUCAGUCUACACCUUUAUGGCAACCAACUUUCCGGACCAAUCCCUCAAGAAAUUGGGACGCUGGCAUCUCUUGUUGAUCUCAAACUCUCUGGCAAUAGUCUCACGAGUACAAUCCCCGUUUCUAUAAGGAAACUGGGCAACUGA